UUACAGGAUCACGUCGAGGGACCACAUGUCGCUCUUCUCCGUAUAGGACCCCUCAGCCACGCUCUCGGGCGCCUGCAAAGUGAACAAUAGAAAGAGUGCUUUGUGCAAUCCGCCAGCUGCCCCGACAGGCAACCCACCAUGUAUCCCCGUGUGCCAGGCCGCUCGGAAAUCUUCUUCCCAUCAGGAAACCCACAGAAGUCAAAGUCCACCAGCUUCAGCUGGGUCUCGCCGUCCAAGAAUACGCAAUUCUCGGGCUUCAAAUCACGGUGGACGAGCUGAGAAUGGAGCAGGGCAGCAUUCAU